GGAAGUCGCCCGGUACCUCUCAAUCAUCAGCUACAUUUUCCCCUCGGUGCCUUUGAAAGUAAGGAAUGUUUCUAUGAAUGAAUAAGAAUCAUAUAAAUAUGAAGCUAAUUCACUGAUAACUGCAACAUUAGCCGAAUGAUUUUAGGUGCGUGCCCCAUGCCAAUGAACUUCCUUGUAAUAGCAGCUAGUGUGAACCGCAUUUUCUAAGGCAUAACGUUAACUGCUGUUAAGUGCAGUAAAGUUGUAGCUAGUAGACAAAGGCAUGGCAGACCCCAGGACCCUCACUGCAGAAGGGAAGCUGUCUGAAGAGUUUGCUGUUCCCUCCCAUGUAGAGGAGGUCAAAGGGCAGAUGGCAGCUUUUGCUGUGCAGCACAGGGCUGCAGGGCAUAGGGUGGUGCUUAUCACCUCAGGAGGCACCAAAGUCCCCCUGGAGUCUCGCACCGUCCGCUUCCUGGAUAAUUUCAGCAGUGGCCGGCGCGGAGCCUCCUCGGCAGAGUACUUCCUUGAGUCAGGCUAUGCUGUGAUCUUCCUGCACAGACACCGUUCCUUAUAUCCUUUCACACGCCUCUACUCUGGGAUUAAUCUGCUGGACAGCCUACAGCUGGAGAAUGGAAAGGGGGGUUCGGUCUCUGACCAAGUUGUGGUCAACCAGCAGGCACUUCCCAACAUUGCCAAAAUCCUGAUGCGUUACCAGGCGGUGAAAGAGGCAGGGCUUCUUCUGCCUGUGGAGUUCAGCACCCUGUCCGAGUACCUGCACCUCCUCAAAGCAGCAGCACAGGCACUCAGCCCCAUAGGGUCCAACGCUAUGUUUUAUUUGGCUGCAGCAGUGUCGGAUUUCUACAUCCCAGCAUCUGACAUGCCAGAGCACAAGAUCCAGUCUUCCAAUGGACCACUUCAGAUCAGUAUGAAGAUGGUCCCCAAGAUGUUGUCGCCGCUGGUGAAGGACUGGGCUCCUCAAGCAUUUGUGAUUUCCUUCAAGCUGGAGACAGACCCAUCCAUCCUGCUGGACAGAGCUCGGCGGGCUCUGUCCACCUAUCGGCACCAGGCUGUGGUAGCCAAUGUACUGGACACCAGACGAGGUUACGUAGUAGUGGUGACACCUGACACUCAGGUCGAGCUGGUACUCACAGAUGAGGAAGCAAGCAGAGAUGUAGAGAUUGAGGACAGGAUUGUCUGUAAUCUGACUGCAGCUCACAGCCAAUUUAUAACCCAACAAGGCUGAGACCCCAGUUAACCAUGCUAGGGCUUUCCCCAACGAAAUAAAAUCUUUGUUGACCGAAA